GUCGCCCCCUUGCUGAUCGUCGUUGUGCUUGUAGUUUAGUGCUUUCCUCGGUGACGUUUUUUGUGAUCGGCGUGCUCGCGCCUUUCCGUAGUGAUGUAUCUGCGUAGAAGACCGUUUCGUCAGUCUCGGUGUCUUCGUGUUCGAUCGCUCUUGCGGCCACUCUCCUCGCACGACUUAGCCACCGCGGCUCGGGCAUGUCGCGCUGAGAUUGCCUCGCGAGAUCCAGAACGAUCCUGAGUGUUUCAUCGAGGGUCGAAUUGUCUGAUCUGGAAAAUCAGUGGUGGUUCCACAUAGUUCACGAUUCGACAGCGAUCUCGAGCUAUUCCAAAUGUUCAUAUUCGCGCCGCGCGACACCAUGUCGACCUCUCGACAGGGCUCUGUCGCGCGACGGGGCCGUUUCGCGCGCUCGUCCACGACGACGAGCGUGACGCAGAUGCUAAGCGACUCCUGCACGAGCCUGCUCCAGAAGUUGACUACGAGGGUGCGCGGAACGUCCGCGCUCAACGACCGUGACGUCGGCGCCACGGCCGCGAGGCGAUCGCCCAUUGUCGGCCGACUGGGUAGCACGCGAAGUCGCCUGGAGGACAAGUACGGUACGAUUUUGGACAAGUAUUCCGGCAAGAGGCACGCAAGAGACGACUCGGAGCGAAGCGCCCGCGGUUAUUCGCGGCGACAGGAGCGCGAUCACAGCUAUCACUACCGAGAAGACAGUCCGUUUGUGCGCGACGACAAGACUUUAGAGCCUUCGAUGACUCGUACGAUCAUCAAGAGUCCCACCAGCGUGCUUCUUAGCGAGAAAGCUUAUCCCUACGUGAGCUCCGCGAUGAGCAGAGAGCCCAGACGCGAGAAGACGCCCGCCUACAACCGCACCGCUCGGCAGACCUUGCUGAAUUCGGAAGCUUACCGCCGCUACGGCAGGCACAAGUCCGGACACGCGGAAACGCGCAAUCGGAAAGUCAGGCCGCAUCGAAACGGCAAGAGCGAGCAAUUGGAAACUCGCGCGACGUCUCUGAGAUUAUCCCGCCCGGUCAAGAUCGAACCGUUGACGUUCACGGGCGGCAGGGAGACCGCGGUCGAUCCGGACAAGACGCCUGUCGCCAACCACAACGCGGAGAACCUCAACGACGUCGCUCAGAGCAUUGCGCAAAACACGUACGACGCGUUAACGGAGGAUGUGGAGGAUCCGGCGAUCUCGGAUCGGGCGGCCAAGCGAAAGGAGAUCCAAAGCCUGAUCCUUAAGUACGCCGCCAUGGAGGACACCUACAGCCAGUUGGCGGCUGGCGGACAGGCGAACGUACGUCCCAGCACGACGGAUCUCAUCGCCAGCAAGUACAGGAAGAGCAAUCACCGUAACAGCCAGAAAGACGACGCGUCCUGCAAGGGCACGAUUGCCCUGAGUAACGCGAGCGCGAUUAACGAGGUGGACGCGAUCCACGACGCGAUCAGCCCACGACCGCCCUCCGUCGAGGACGACGAAGACGGCCACCUUGUAUACCAAUCCGGCGACAUCCUGGCAAAUAGAUAUAAAGUACUGGCCACCCUAGGGGAGGGUACUUUUGGAAAAGUUGUCAAGGUUAAGGACUUGCAAAUGGAUCAUGUGAUGGCUCUGAAGAUUAUUAAAAACGUGGAGAAGUACAGGGAGGCAGCAAAGUUGGAGAUAAAUGCUCUGGAAAAGAUCGCUAAUAAGGAUCCGGAAGGCCAGCAUCUAUGUGUAAAGAUGCUUGAUUGGUUCAAUUAUCAUGGGCAUAUGUGCAUCGCAUUCGAAAUGCUCGGUCUGAGUGUCUUUGAUUUCCUGAGAGAUAACACUUAUCAGCCGUAUCCGUUGGAACACGUAAGGCACAUAGGCUAUCAGCUUUGUUACGCUGUAAAAUUUUUGCAUGAUAAUAAGCUGACGCAUACGGAUCUUAAACCGGAGAACAUUUUAUUUGUCGACUCGGAUUACGACAGCACGUAUAACAACAAAAAGCUCUUUCUUUUCAAGCGGAGGGACAUGAGACGCGUGAAGCGAACCGACAUUAGACUUAUCGACUUCGGUAGCGCUACUUUCGAUCACGAACAUCAUAGUACGAUCGUUAGCACGAGACACUAUAGAGCACCCGAGGUGAUUUUAGAAUUAGGUUGGUCUCAACCUUGCGACGUUUGGUCCAUCGGUUGCAUCUUGUUCGAGUUAUACUUGGGCCUCACGUUAUUCCAAACGCACGAUAAUCGUGAACACUUGGCGAUGAUGGAACGCAUACUUGGCGCGAUACCACAUCGCAUGGCCCGCAAAACUAAGACCAAGUACUUCUACCAUGGCAAAUUGGAUUGGGAUGACAAGAGUUCGGCCGGUAGAUACGUACGAGAUAAUUGCAAGGCACUACAUCGUUAUAUAUUGUCUGAUGAGGAGGAACAUCGUCAGCUGUUUAAUCUCAUUCAAAGAAUGCUGGAGUACGAACCCUCGCAACGUAUUACUCUGAAGGAUGCGUUGACUCAUCCGUUCUUUGACGCUUUACCGGCAUCCCAGAGACUGCCGGAUCCGCGGGCAGCCGGUGAUUCUCAACAAUCUCACGAACGAUCACAUUCACUUUCUCGAUGAAGCUAGGAAAGGGACCGACCUCCGUGCUGGACAGACACUCCGCUUUCAACGACACUACUGCCCUACGUCUUCGUUCUGAUAUCAUUAAUUUUCAUGAAAACAUGUCUCUUUCGUAACUACGAGACUCGAUAAUGUGAUGAUGCGAAAACAUAUUUGAAGGUUAGAGCGCGUGUAUGUGUGUAUAAAUACUGAUCAUUGAAAUUUCUCAUUUAAUCUACAUUCAAUUUGACUUGCAAUUAUAUAAGUAAGAACUACACGUAGGGCAAGCAGUAGUGCGGUGGUGCCGUGGAACUUGGACUAAUUCGAGUAUAUGUAACGACGAGCGAUCAGAUUACUAUCCGAUAAAGGUCCUUGGUGGUUCGUUUUUAUCGCAAUUGUCGAUCAUGAAGCAGCGACGAGGUCCCUGUUACUGGCCCGCAAAAAGGCCAGUGUGUCUGCUCAGUGUAGCGUAACAGAGUCCCACAAUUGUAAACAAUUUUUUAAACGCUCUUCUGUACAUUUUUUGUCCCUUUAAAUUUAUUACCAUGUUACUGUAUGCGAUAUAAAUGAAUUUGAGAAGUAAAGAUCACUUUCGAGGUCCGCAGUUUAUAAUGGUGUUUUGAAUUGACGACCGCGAACGUGUUCUGCCAGUUAAGUAUCGGACUGGUGAUAAAAAUGGAAGAUAGUUUUACGCGUACACGUCGAUAGAGUUGACAGGAAUCGAGAGAAAGCGAGCGAGAGAGGAAGUGUAUGAAUAACGAUCAUCAAUUCAUCGUUGUGAAUUAUAUACAUCUUGAAACGUAAGAAUAUAUAAUUGUCUUAGGAAAUAUUUCUCUCGAACGAUUCUUUUCUUUCAUUCGUUUCUGGAUACAUUGAAGUUCGGGAAAAGAAUUCGCAAAACUUCUUCGUGAUCGUACUUGCCGACCUUAGACUCGCAUUUAAGUUCUUGGCCUAAUCAAGCAAAAUUUUUUGUCGAUUUUAUAUUAUCUAUUAUUGUCUUAUAAAGGAUUUAAAUUAAAUUGAUGACGUGCACCGAGUGUAAUGGCAAAUGAUCGAACAUGAAGAUGCAAUCUCCACUUUUCUUUUGUCACUGACAUCUUUAAUUUGCACAACUGUAUCACUUGUGUAAGUUUUUGUUUGACCUUAGUUAUACUAUGUCUACGAAAUAUGAAAAAUAUUAUAUCUACUGCUCGUCAAAUGAUCGGGGAUGUUUAUUCCUGCAGAAAAACAAACGAUAUUUCGAGUAGCAAUAAAUACAUUUCUUUCAAA